AUGUCAGACGGCUCUAAAGCCCCGAGGAUAGCGAUCAGCUUCGGCGGCUCCUCGAGCUCAAAAAACAACAAGAAACCUUCACGCCCAGACCCACCAUCAUCGCUAGGCAAGCGGUCGCGGACGAAUGCGCUAAACAACUUUGACUCGGACUCGGAAGGCGAGCGCGAUCAUGGCCGCGGACGACACGAAGCGAUCACAGAAAUCGGCGGGGACUCUGCCCGGAAACGAGAGAAGAAGCCCCGCGAGCUGGUGAUUGGAAAGCAAAGCAACCGCGACUGGAAGACCGAGUUGCGCGGGCGCAGGGGAGGCAAGAAUUUGCUGCCCGCGGAGGUGCAGGCACAACGAGAGCAGGAACGGAAUGGUGCACAGCAAGAGGCAGAGAGAGAGCCCACCGAUGCGGACAAGGAGAUACAAUGGGGGUUGACGGUCAAGAAGCGCAAGACGAGCGAAGAGGAUGCCACACCAACAGACCAGGGCGAAACGGUAGACAACGACGGCCAGGGCGAUCGUUCACCAAAGGAGAAACGGGCACCUCGGACAGCAGACGAAGACGCCAUGGACGCCUUGCUUGGUAACAAGCGCCAGGAAGAAGAGGACAUUGUCAUCCAAGCCACGGAACAGGACGCCUACCUCUCCGACAUCAAGCGCGUGGGCCAAGACGCGACGCUCGCAGACUACGAUGCGAUACCGGACGGCGAGUUCGGCGCCGCGCUGCUGCGCGGCAUGGGCUGGGACGGCAAGAUGCGCGGGCCCAAGAAGAAGCAGCCGACGGAGAGGCGGCAGAACCAGCUCGGCCUCGGGGCCAAGAAGCUGGAGGGCGCGGAGGACCUGGGGCAGUGGAACCACGGCGGGAAGAAGAAGAGCAGCCGGCCGAGGCUGGACGAGUACCGCCGCGAGGAGGAGAAGAAGCGCAGCGAGCGCAAGGAGCGGAGGGGCGAGAGCUAUAGGGACGAGAGGGAUCGUGAGCGGGAUAGGCACGGGGGCUCGCACCGUGAUAGGGAGAGGGAAAGGGAUAGGGAUAGAGAUCGGGAUUAUUACAGCUCGAGACAUCGGAGCGGCGACUCACGACGAUGA